GUUGAUUGGCAGAAAAAGUGGGAAAGCAAAGUUGAUUGGCAGACAAAGUGGGAAAGCAAAGUUGAUUGGCAGCACUUUCAUUAUGUGCAUGUGGCUUUUGUCCUUCGGAGAAACGCAGAGUUUUAUUGUUGAGCUGUUUAAGAGAACUAGAGCAAGGCAAACCGAGAGAAAAGAAGAGAAGUGAGGCAGAGAGCAGAGAAGAAAAGGAGCCGCUGCUGUGGGAGAAUAAAUAAAAUUCCAGUUGUUUUCUUCUUCAUUUCCUGCUGCACAAGAGCGUUGUUCUAGAGACACUAUUCUUAUUUGCCUCUCCUUUAUUCUAUCUUGUAUUUGUGAGUGUGAACUUGCCUUCAAAUGGCCAUUUCUGAAGUCACUCCUUUCUUAUUUGCCAUAGGCAUCUAAGUUGUCUAAUUAAUAUGCCCUCUUCCUUAAUUUCGAUAAAUUCCUAUUGGAUUGAAUGCCUCUUCCCUUCCUCCUAAUAUUCUCUCUCACUAUGUCUAGAGGAAGUCUCCUAUUUGCUGCACACAUAGCCCUUCUCCUUCUCCUUCUUCCUCCUUCCUUCUGUUUCCAAACAUCCACCCUGGAAGAUAGUGCCCUUUUUUGUGGCAAUAUUAACAUAAGUUCUCCAUUCUAUUUAAAUGGAGACCUUCAAAACUGUGGCAACAACACUUUUGAGCUAUAUUGUGAGGAAAAUGUUACAGUAAUAUGCUUGUAUUCGGGAAAGUAUUACGUAAAGGCGAUCAAUUACAGUGACUGGACAAUCCGAGUUGUGGAUGCUGGUGUUCAGAAGAAAGACAACUACUUCUCCAACCCACUUUACUCUUUAACCUCCUACAACCUUAGUGCUCGUGGAGAUCCUUUUUCAUCUAUUUUUUAUAAUAGCGACAAAGAUAUUCUAGAACUCCGACUGUAUAGUCUAGCGAUACGUGAAGUGUCUAUAAUUUUUAUCAGCUGUACAAAUCCAAUGCAUUCUCCUCGCCUUGUUGAUACAGCUCCAUGCAUCAACAAUUCUGCCAAUUCUUCUUUGUCCAGUGCUUUAAGAAUGUUUUCUUAUGUCAUGAUUGGCAACAUAAGUUCAUUCGAUUUGGGGGAGUCCUGCAAAAUAACACAAAUGGUUGUGGCGUCACCUUCAACAUCUGUAGAUGACCUGCACCAGUACUUGUCCUGUGAAGCUAUAUAUAAUGAAAUUGCGCAUGGCUUUGAGCUCUCAUGGUUUAACGGUGCAUGUAACUUAUGUAGAAGGGAUAAGGAGAACUGCACGCUCGACAACGUGGAUAAGGAGAACUGCCCUUCAACGAAAGAACAUUUGUACAAGGUGAUCUUACGCUCUAUACCAUUUAUAGUAGCCAAGUUUUUCACGUCAGUAUACUAUUUGUAUGUCUUUGCGCUCACCAACAGGUGCAACAGGGAUAUGUCCCUUGAGUGGCUUCCAUUAACCUGUGUAAUCUCUUACCUAGGUAAUGUGAACUACUUGAAAUCAGUUACUGUGUAG